AUGAAGCUGCUCAACAAAGAUCCUCCAAAGGAAGUAAUGGCUAACAUGGAAGGACUGAUAAGUUUGUCAGUAGAGCUUUCAGGGCAGUUUUUAUGGGAUACUCUGAUGUCAUUAAGGGAUACAUCCUUUAUGAUUUUGGAUAGACACAAGUUCUUUGUCAAUAGAGAUGAGGUGUUCGGGGAAUCUGUGUUUCCCUUUCAAGCUAUUAAUGAUGACCUUAGGAAACAAAUCAAUCCCUGUAUUCACAGUACUACUGAUGAUCAUUUUGGUUUUGAAGGUGCAAAUAGAGAUAUCCAUAUUCCUGCAACUGAGCAGCUAUAUAUGUCAGAUAAAAAUGCAUAUGACAUUAUUCCUAGUAUUGAGCACUUACAUGAUUCAGACAGCAUUGAACAUGAUUUACAUACUGAAGACCAGCCUUAUACUACCACUGAAAGCACCUCUCCUAUAAUCAGUGAUUCAGAGGUUAUCACAUCCUUCCCUACUCCUCAUAUUGCAGAGACCUAUCCUAAUUCCCUAAGAAGAUCACAGAGGGAAUCUAAGGAACCUAUCUGGCUGACAUAUUAUGACACCAUAAGGAAAUUAGUUAACACUGUCUUAUAUCCCAUCCAAAAUUAUGUCUCAUAUGAUAAUCUUUCUCCUUCUUACCAGGCAUACUUGGGUAUAUUCUCUUCUGUUGUUGAUCCCAGAAUCUUUCAAGAAGCUUCUAAGGAUGCAAGAUGGGUUGAGGUUAUGCAAAUUGAACUUCAAGCUUUGCAAGACAACAAGACUUGGGAACUGGUUCCUUUGCCUCAAGGGAAGACAACAAUAGGUUGCAAAUGGGUAUACAAAGUCAAACUCAAGGCCAACAGAGAUGUGGAGAGAUUCAAAGCUCGGUUGGUAGCCAAAGGCUACAAUCAAAGAGAGGGUCUUGAUUAUAAUGAGACCUUCUCCACUGUAGUGAAGAUCACCACUGUGAGAACUGUAAUUUCAUUGGUAGCAAUGCAGAAUUAG